UAAAGGACAACGAGUAUUUUGGUGUAACCUCAGGAUAACAGUGUGCUCCGGCAAUGGACGGUAAAGCUGUGAAGGCAGUGUUGUUUGACUUGGACAACACGCUCAUUGAAACAAGUCGGGCAGGUGGAGUGGCGUUACAAAAGACCAGUGAACUUUUGAAGACCACACUGGCCCUUGAUGACGAGACAGUGAGCAGCAUUUGUGAAAACUUCAAGCAGAAGCUUUACCAUGAGAGUUUUGACCCCUCAGCUGGCAGAUCCAUUGAUGAGGUCCGUGUGGGUCACUGGGAGAAGAGCAUCGAGGAGGCUGUGGGCAGUUGUUCCCCACCUUCGCUGGCAGCUCAGUGCUACUACUUGUGGAAAAAUAGUCGGCUGGAGGUUCUCAGUCUGUCCCCUGAAAUAUGCAACCUCCUGAAACAACUGCGUGGGAGAUACAAGCUGUUGCUGCUGACCAACGGGGAUGCUCAGACCCAGAGAGAGAAAGUGGAUGCAGUCAGAUGUGAGGAGUUCUUUGACGCCGUCGUGAUUGGGGGAGAACACGCGGAGGAGAAACCAUUCCUCUCCAUCUUCACAUUGUGUUUCGACAUGCUGAAGGUGGAGGCCCAGGACUGUGUUAUGGUGGGAGACUCUCUGGACACAGAUAUUCAGGGGGGCUGUAAUGCGGGAGUACGGGCUACAGUUUGGAUCAGAAGGGCAGGAGGUGCAGUGCCCGAUGGUUCAGUGAAACCAGACUACACUAUCUCUACUGUGCUGGACCUGCCAGAUAUUCUGGCACAACUGAAAUGAGGACAAGUGUGUGUGAAACAAGUGAAUGAUGUGGGGUUUUGUUCAGAAUUUUUUAAUUAUGGAUAUGUUAAAAGAUGAAUUUCAUGAUCUUUUUUCAGCUUUCAACAAAGGUAUUUUUUACUUGUUUUAUGCAUUCCGCUUGGCGUUUUACACACCAACAAAGUGUCAUUACGUGGAGUCCAUAGUCAAGUUCAGUCAGUAUAGGUAUAAUAUUGAAAUAGCCGUACUUAUUCUGAAUAUAUACAUUUUCUGCUUCUUUAGACUUCUACUGCACUACAUUUCAGAGGGAAAUACUACUCUUUUUUUACCCCAUGACCUUAAAAAAAAAAAAAAACAAACAAAAAAAAACAUCCCACAUUUUUCAAACAUGAAAUAUUUUAAAAGCUUCAAAUCUCCACGACUACCAAACAAUAACAGAAAAAUGUUACUUAUGACUUGAUUCCACAGGGGCCAACUUUCUGCAGAAUGAGUUUACUUUCUCACAUACAUUUUGCUGAUAUUUUUGUUCUAUCAGAUCAGAUUAUAAAGUAGGACUAUUAUUUGUUAUGGAGUUGGUACCUGAGUAAAGGAUUUGAAUUCUUGGUA